UUAUUGUGAUGUUUUUUUUUUGUUUUACUUUUUAAGAUGGAUGUGUUAAUUAAUUAGUUAAUUGGGUUAAGUUUAUUAUAUUAAGUGCACAUGAAGGAAUUGAAGAGAGAGAAGAAUUACUGAACGUGUUUUUUUGGUAAAUUGGAUUUGUUCUUAAAAAAACACAUUGUUUUUUUAAGGAUUUUGGUUUCAUGAUUUGGGAUCUUCAGCGUGCGAUGAUAUGUUUCACGUUUGUGUUGUUGUGGGCUCCAUCCAUAUGGAUCUUAAGAUGCUUGCUAUCUACACCCCUGCAAUUGCUUCCUACACUCAAACCAUUUUGUUUUGUGGGUUUUGCUGGUUAGUUUCAGAAAUGGAUUACACGCCGUUAUUGUAACUACUGCAUCACAACCCAAUAACGGCGUGUAAUCUGGAGCUAACCAGUAGCAGUGUACUGAGACUCAUGUACCGAGCUAUAGUCACAACUUUAGUGAUCGUUUGUAAAGAAAAAUAAUAUAGAAAAGCCCUUGUACUAAUACAAGAAAGAAAGCAAAUUCUAAGGGGACGAAUAUAUUUUUAUCAUUUUAUUACAAGUCGAUGUUGUGGGCUUACGACAAUCUUGUAGCAACUCAAUCCCAACCUUUUGCGAGAUGUCUUCUCCUCCCCUAUACAUUUCUCAAAACAAUUAAUUUGUUUAGAUUACACGAUCUGAACGCGCAAAAAACACCGCUUUUUGAUAUGUCCAAAUUGUAUAGUUCGGAUAAGUUUUAUUCGAAGAUAUCUUCUGAUGAGAAUUGAGAGAAUCUAAACGAAGUGGGAAAUAGCAAUUACCUAUGAUAUACUUUAAGCCCAUCUUGAAUUGUACUGACAUUGUUUAAGCCCAAAAGAAACGAAGCCCAUACAUGAUUGCAAUCCAUUCAGAAGCAGUUAGAGACAAAAAAAAAAAUGCAGCAACGUAAAAACCGUAAACACGAAAGAAAAAACAACCUUGAACACGACGACGAUGUCCCAAUCCCGUAAAACAAGGUAACAUGGUUUCAUCAAUUGAUUUUUCAAAGUUCAUUUCUUGCUAUGUUUUCACCAAAUUCUCCAAACAGAAUUUUUUUAGCGGUUUCUAUUCAAUUUCACUUAACACACCUCUCGAAGAUUAAGUCUUCAUUGUUCAGCAGCUUCAUUUUGCAAGACACCCAUUUGAUGAAAUGCUUCACCCAAGUCUCAAACUAAAUCUAACUCUAACACUGGACACAAAGUUAUUUAACAUUUAGCAAUUAUUGUUCCUUCAGAUUUAGUGUAGUUUGAUCCACUUUGGCAUUGCUUGCUAUUGCAUUAAGAUGCUUGUUAUGAGGAGCUAGUAUUGUAUACAAGUUUCCAAAAUCUAUCAUUUUUUUAAGUAUUUUUCAAUUGGGAUUAUGGCUAGUAAAACUUUGUUUAAGUGGCCAAAGCAAAUUACAAAUUCAUUAGUUGAGCAGCUAAUAAAAGCAGAAAAGGAUAUAAGCAAAGCUGUUGUUAUGUUUGAUUCUGCAACAGAUGAGUAUAACAAUGGAUUUCGGCAUGAUCACAAAACUUUUGGUGCAAUGAUCUAUAGGCUAGUUUCUGUGAACCAGUUUAGGCCAGCAGAAGGAAUGUUGGAGAGAAUGAAGCAAGAAGAUUGUGAGGUUACUGAGGAUAUAUUUUUAACUAUAUGCAGAGGUUAUGGACGCGUGCAUAGGCCGCUUGAUGCUGUUAGGGUGUUCCAUAAGAUGGAAAAUUUUCAGCUUAGACCCACACAGAAGUCUUACCUAACGAUAUUUGAUAUUCUUGUGGAGGAAAACUAUGUGAAAAGGGCUAUUGGUUUUUAUAAGGAGAUGCGAGAAAAGGGCAUUCCGCCGAGUGUUGUUUCCCUCAAUAUUUUGAUCAAGGCGCUAUGCAAAAACAAGGAAACUGUUGAGUCUGCUUUCCAGAUAUUUCGUGAAAUGCCCAAUCGUGGAUGCCAGCCUGAUUCCUAUACAUAUGGUACAUUGAUUAAUGGGUUGUGCAAGCUUGGAAAAAUCAGUCAGGCAAAGGAACUGUUGGAUGAGAUGGAGGAGAAAGGUUUGUCGCCAUCUGUUGUUAGCUAUACUAGUUUGAUACAUGGGUUGUGUCAAUCUAAUAAUUUGGAUGAAGCUAUAGAAUUGCUCGAAGAGAUGAUAAGAAAUGGCAUUGAGCCAAAUGUUUUUACUUACAGUUCUUUAAUGGAUGGUUUGUGUAAAGGUGGACAAUCAUCACAAGCAAUGGAGUUGUUAGAAGUGAUGGUUAGAAGACGUCAUUCGCCUAACAUGGUCACUUAUAGUACUUUAAUCGAUGGACUGUGUAAAGAAGGAAAGCAUAGAGAAGCUGUUGAGAUUCUUGAUAGGAUGAGGCUUCAAGGUUUGAAACCAAAUGCAGGGAUGUACGGGAGAAUCAUAAGUCGUCUCUGUGCAGAAAGCAGCUAUCAAGAAGCUGCAAACUUCAUUGAUGAGAUGGUUCUUGGCGGUAUCUCACUUAAUCGAGCAAGUUGGAGCUUCCAUGUCAGAAUGCAUAACAUGGUGGUCCAAGGUCUUUGUAAUAAUAAUGAUCCAUCCCGUGCAUUCCAAUUGUAUCUUAGUAUGCGUACUAGGGGCAUUUCUGUUGAGAUUGGCACUUUUGACUGCUUAAUCAAAUGCUUUUGCAAGAGAGGAGACCUGAACAAAGCUACUCGGAUUCUGGACGAGAUGAUUUUAGAUGGCUGCAUUCCAGAUGACGGAAUAUGGAAUGUAUUAAUGCGUGGUCUUUGGGAUCGGAAAAAAGUGAGGGAAGGUACUGAGCUAUUACUGGCCGAGCUGAAGCAGAAAUUUGUUGAAACUGGGAGUUGA